AUGUCCUCGACAGUCCUCAUCGCCGGCGCCGGCCCCUCGGGCCUCAUCCUCGCCAUCCUCCUCGCCCAGCACGGCAUCCCCUCGCUCGUGCUCGAGGCCUGGCCGCACCUGGACACGCGCCUGCGCGCGACGCAGUACGGCGUCCCGGCCACCCGCGUGUUCCGGCGCGCGGGAAUCCUCGACGACAUCCGCGCGGCGUCCAUCCCGUCCUACCCGACCAUCACGUGGUGGCGCGUCGCCGACCACCAGAGGCUCGUCGAGAUGGACCUGAACCCCGUGGCGGGGCACCCGGACCGCAUGACGGUUAUUCCGCUGGGGGAGCUGGUGCAGAUCAUGCUCCGCCAUUGUAGGGAGAGGUUUGCUGGCUUGGUGGAGGUGAGGUUCGAGCAUCGUGUUGUUGGCGUGGGGCAGGAUGACGCGAGGGGCGUCGCGUGGGCGGAUGUGGAUGUUGGAUCGGCGACGGGGGCGCGGAAGGAGCGGUUCGAGGCGGAUUAUGUCAUUGGGUGUGAUGGGGCGAAAAGCGCGGUGAGGAAGUCGCUGUUCGGGCAUGAGUGGCCCGGCCAGACUUUUGAUCAAAAGAUUGUUGUGCAGAAUGUGUGGUACGAUGGCUUUGAGAAGCACGGCUGGGAAGGGGGCAACUACAUGGUCGACCAAGACACCUGGGGCCUCAUCGCACGGCGGGGAAAGGGCGGUCUCUGGCGGGUGACCUACGGCGAUGUCGGCGGCCUGACAGAUGAAGAGUACCUUGAGCGCCGUCCGAAGCGGCUGGAGAAGAUGCUGCCUGGGAAUCCGAAGCCGGAUCAGUACCGCAUCGGAGAGACGAACAUCUACAAUAUGCACAACAGGUGCGUCAAGAAGAUGCGAGUGGGCCGCAUCCUGCUCGCUGCCGAUGCUGCCCACGUCUGCAACCCCUGGGGCGGGUAUGGAUGCAUGACAGCUGUCCUGGAUGCUGGAGGUCUGGCCGAGUGCCUGAUCGGGCUGUACGAGGGGAAGGCGGGCGAUGAAAUCCUUGACCUCUACGAGAAGGUGAGGCUGGAGAAGUUCAUGGAAUUCGUCGACAAGAGAAGCAUCAAGAAUAUGAAUCGGCUGUCAAAGACCGACCCCUGGACAGUUCUCGAGACGGACAAGUUCUUUGGCAUCUUGAAAGAGCUGGAGGGAGACGAGCAUGCGAGAAAGAAGUUCUUCCUGAAAUGGUCGAGCAUCGAGUAUGACUUUACCCAGCAUUACACAACUGGCCCAUCGACUAGUCAAUGA